AUGACUUCUCCGGAGCGGCGGUUAUCUACGGGCGGAGCAGCACCAUACAAAGUAUUCAUUGGAAAGCCCAGCCAUGGCGAAUUCAAGGACCAUGCAGGUCGUCAUUACGAUGUUGUCGCGAGUCGAGCUGGCCCCAAUGCGGCUAUCGUGAAACUCAGCAUUCAAUUGUACUGCUUGGGUGAGCCGAAGUUCGAUCCCCACGGUAUGGGUUCUUCUCUAUUGCAUUCCGAUGCUGUCGUGGGAUGGGGUAAUGCUCGUAACCAUUGGCCGCGUAUUGAUGUCUAUACGGGAUUAGACACCGUGGAAGAAUGCAUAGAGCAUCACCGCCGCGAGAAAGCGUUUCGCAAAAGGGCGAUCAAGAAGAUGAAGGAUGAAGCUGUCAUGGGAUUGUCGGAAGCCGAGGCAAAAGAACGGUUGGCCACAGAGAUACAAGGAAAAGAACCUCUUCCGCAUAUCGUGCCGUCUUGGUGUGAAUCGGCCAGAUUUGUCGAGAAUAGGUGGUGGGACGGAGAUCGUUACAGGAGCUGGAUCUUCGUCAUACCAACUGAAAGAUCCUCCUGGGAAGACGUUAUAGACCAUGGGCUUCUGCAAGUCAAAUUUGACCUCGACGUCUCUCCUGCCAUGUUCUACUCCGAGUCACCGACGUUUGGACUUACUGCGGAGGGAGAGGAAGGUUGGGUCCUCGUGGAAAAGACUGGCAUCGAAAACCUCAAACCUGUUAAGAUUCUACACCUCUGCGCUAGGGAAGAACGUGGAACAUCAGAGAGCACCCCAGGAAGCGACAAGACACUCUUUAAUGCUUGGUAUGAUGCGACAAUGCAGCUUCGGGAUUGCACUUAUAAGCCGACAGGAUGCAAGGGUUGCCGUACCAAUGAGCCACAGGAUUUAUGUGAGCAGGACAUGGAUGAGCAUUUUAAUGAUGAGGAUGGGCAGUGCGUUGCUUGUAGAAGGGAAGAAGGGGAACACAAUACUCAACAUGCCUUGGAUGUUGUUGGAUUUUGA